CGCAUUUGUUGCAAAUAUGGGUAAACAUCCGCUACCGUUCUUCGAGGAUGACAACAUCCAGGCGGCUCUGUCGUCCGCUCCAUCUACCCCCGGUAACACUUUAGUUCGUCUCAAAGCCGGGCCGUUAAGCGUUUUCUCGAGGGACCAGCUGGUACAGUCUCUGCUGUCCAUCAAACAGGCUGCGAACAUUGUCAAAGCCGUAACCGAAGUCUAUAGGGUUGGUCUGGUCACGACGUCGAAUGAAGAAGUACGCCUCAUACCUUUCCACGGACUCUCUACUGAAUGGAAACCGGCUUGCGAUCUCAAGAGGAGUACAACGCUUCAUAUCCGGGCUACAUCUCAUCUAAAAACGGCCCCAAAUCAUCCAGCGCAACGCUCGACAAUAUACAGCGGGACAUCACGCGCGACAAUCCUCCAGCUAUGGGCCUCACUUACCUAUGCGGUAGCAACAACGAGGCCGCGACUAAAAGCAUAUUCGCUAAGAUCAUUCGCGGCGAGCUUCAGCAGUGGCGCGUGUGGGAGAGCGCCUCGCAUGUCGCCUUCCUAACACCGUUUGGUAACGCGCCAGGCCUUACCGUGAUUGUGCCGCGCAAGCCACUCGGAAGCGACAUCCUUGCUAUGUUUAACCAAAAUCUAAGUGACCUGGCCGCCGCAAUCUGUCUCGUCUAAACCUGGUCCGCCUGCCGUUCUCAGUGAGUUUCAAGAUCUCAAGCUAAAGUGUAUGCGCGCUGCGGAGGAGAGGAUACUAUAAUCCAUCUUUAGUUCUUAGACCUAACGG